CUCGUGCAAAAUGGCCGAAAGAGCGGAAAGCCCCGAUGAGAGAAUAGAAGAGAUAGUUCGUAGAUGUGUACGCGAAUAACUGGGUAAUUCUAGAGGGAAUUGCAGUAGUCAAACAUUGGUCAAUAGAACGAGAAACCUGAUUCGUUCAUCUGCUUCAUUUACUGCAAGGCAGCUGGGCGAAACAAGUCAACAGCCAGCGCCAGCGUCCGAAUUUCGUCGUAAUGCACCAGCCAUGUCUGCUCGUGUUUUCGAUAGAUCGACGUCUGUAACCGGGCAUCCUUUACGGAAAAGAAAAGUUCCAGCUUCAAAGCAAAAGACGCACGUUGUGCCAAAGACAGUGUUUCUUCUUGAUCAAGGAAAUCUCAACAUUGAUGACGAGGAUGACGAUGAAGGUCAGAAUGAUGAAUAUGUAAUUAAGGAGGAAAUGAUUUUAGUGAAAGGGGAGUUUGAUUUGUUAGCUGGUGCUGAUGAACAAUCUAUUCGCCAAGAAUUGAAAGAAGUAUUUAAAGUCAAAUUUCCACUGAUUUCAGUGAAAGACUUUGACUUUGUCAAAAGAGAGAGAAACACCAUUGUAACACCUGUGGUGAAAGAAAACCAUGCAUGGGACUAUGCUCACGUGAAGCAUCUUUGUGGUGCUGGUAAGCUUUAUGUUAGAUUGAAUAUCAGCAAGGAUGUGAUUGGAUGUGCUUCUGAUGAUAGUGACAGUAGCUUGCUAACCAUAAUGUCAACCCCUAAUGACAGGCCCAUUAGUUCAGCAAGCACAUCACCACCCAUUGUUGCGGAUGAUGAAGUACCAACAACAUCAUCAGGUGUUUCACACAUGGAUGGAGACAUUUCCUCUUUGACUGUAUUAUUUCCUGAUGCAAAACUAAGUGAUAUCAGAGAUGCCCUCAUUCAAUGUGGUUCACUUGAAUUGGCAGCUGAGAAAUUAAGUGACAAACCAGCUACAUGCAAGCAGUCUGGUGCAUGUAUGGGUGCUUCACAGGUACUAAAGAAUCUCAAGUUGAAAAUGAAAGGGUAUGGUCAGGCAGAGAAGAUAAAAGUUGACAGAGAAGAUCUGGUACUUGAUUUAUUUCAUUAUUACAAGGACUCUGACUUUAAUCCAGAGUUGCAGAUUAAAAUUCAGUUCAGAGGAGAGCCAGCAAUUGAUACCGGGGGAGUGCUUCGUCAAGCUUAUGAAGAUGCUUUCCUUGCAUUGGCAAAAGGGGAUGCAGGGUUAAAGAUGUUUCAAGGUCCAUUUGAGCAUCUAGUUCCCAUAUACCGAAGUGACAAUGUGCUAAAUGGAGUGUUUGAAGUUCUCGGGAAAAUGGUCGCCCACAGUAUGAUCCAAGGUGGCCCAGGGUUCCCUUAUUUGUCACCAGUGAUAUAUUGGUACAUUGCCACUGGAGAUUUACAGCAGGGCAUUGCAAGGGCUAGUGUCAUAGACAUCAGUGAUGGAAUCUUGAACAGCUAUGUCACAAGGAUUAUAGAUGCAACAGCUGUUGACAUUGAAACCAUCAACCAGGAAGAUGACUUUUUACAGCUGAUGCAAAACUGUGGGGAAAGAAGACUGUUGAAGGAAGAGAACAAAUUAGAAGUGGUGCAGUCACUUGUGAUACAUGAAUCACUUAUUAAACAUAAAGGAGUGCUUGACCAGUUCAGAAAGGGUCUAGCUAUUUUGGGUCUACUGGAAGAAAUUGAAAAAGCACCAAGCAAAUUUGAACAUCUUUUUGUUCAUCAAAAAGGUGAAAUUAACUCAGAUUUUGUCAAAUCUUUGCUGCGCUUGCCAAUAUCCACUGACCCUAGUGUAAUAAAUGUUACACACAUGUUAUUAAGUUUUAUUGUCAGUGCUAACGAAGAUGUUUUGUGUAAAUUACUGGGUUUUGUCACUGGAUGUAAAUCCACAACUGCAGCUUUGCGCCCAGGUUGUGUUAAUGUUACUGUUGAAGACACCCCAAACAUUUUUGCCUCAACUUGUACCAUGGAGUUAAAGUUACCUUUGCAUUUUAGUAGCUCUGCACAGUUUGAUUUAUGUCUGAAAGCAGUUCUUGAUAGCUCCUCUUUUAAUACUGUGUGAGAGUUUUUAGUCAUCAGUCACUAUCUUGAUUCAUCUUUUAUUGACACUAUAGUAGCGAGUCUCUAUUUGAAUGAAAUGUCUGCAUGUUUGUUAUUGUUUUUCACUCCAAUGCUUUAUUAGGUAAUAAGACUUGAUAUUGCUAAGGUUGAAAGCAAGGUGAUUUAUGUAGAAGCUGGGUCUAGGCUGCUGCAAUGUUGACUCUACAACAGUUUUGAAUUCUGUUGAAAGCAUAUGUUUCAAAGGAAAAAGGAGCCAAAAUCUCCUCCCCUUGAUGUUUGAAAAAGUCCAGACUGAUUUCAAUUAUCUCUUGUUUAAUGAAUGCAUGUCUGGCUAACAGUGGUUGUGUUUCAAUAUGUUGUUUUCUCUUAAAAUGGGUUUUGAACCUGGGCUACAGCUCUACCUCAUUAAUUAUUUUUUGCAUUAUGCAAAUUUCAGUGAUUUUUUGACUUAAAGUUGGUGUUAGUGAGACUGGUUUUAAUGUUAAGAAAGAAAUAUUUUAUAGCCAUCCAGCAUUUUGGACCCUUUUGCAUUGGGUUUACAUUAUAUUGUUGUGGCAAGAGCAUAUUGGUGUAUUGUGUUUCCAGAAAAUUUCCAUUCAACCCCCACAGAGGGUUUUGUUGUGGUUUGAUCCCCACCCCUCUGGAAAAUCUUGUUUAGCUUCGUACUUUUCUUUUAACCCCCCACCCCCACCCCCAGCCCCUUUCUGUGUAAGACCAAAAUACACAAAAACAGUUAAACACUUUUCACAACAAGAUGCAUUUCUGAUUUGAACACAUGACAUUGAACUUUUCACAUAUGGUACUUGCAAGUACAAUGGCUACAUGUAGAUUUCAGAAUUGCCAACGAUCCUCCAUGGGGUGGUCUAUGGAUAAUUAUUUUCUGAAACCCCAUCACUACUGUUGUUAACUUCAUUGAAAUAAACUGCUUUACCAAA